AUGACUCCGCUGUGGAGCACUAAAGCAAUUAUGGAGGCUGUGACAGGUCGAGUUUCAGGAGAUUUGAAAACUUACCUUCUACUAAGCCCGGAUCAGUAAGUAAUAAGAAACAUAUUUCAGUUCUAUAAGUAGAUCUUUAGUAGCUGCGAGACUCUUUCGCACUUAUGUGAGGAUCUGUCGCUUGUCGGUUAAAAUUUAGUUACUUUGUCGGUAGUCGGUUAAAAUUUUUGAUCUUUGUCGGUUGUCGGUUAAUCUCAGUUAAUAAGUAAAAAUGCAUGUUAAUUAUUAAUAUUUGUUAUGCGUUUCACUCAGUUUCAAGACUUUGAUCCCUAUAGAACAUGUAAAAAUUGUAAAAAUGCAUCAUUUGAUUGAACUUAAACUUCAUUAUGCAACAUGAUAGUGUCUUUCACCAAAGCUUUUAUUGCAAAUGCGAACUUGGUUUCCCUGUUGAUUACAGGGCACCACAAAAAGUAAUGAAGAGAGGUUAAUCGGACAGAGAGGGAAACGCCCACUCUAACCUUUUAGAUACGUAAAUUAUUUUUGGUGAGAAACUGCAAGGGGUGACAGGUUGCACAUCUAUGCGUGAAAACCGUGUGUUGACCUUUAAUAUUUUGACUCUAACAAGCAUAUUCUUUGCCAUGGUUUUCCUUUCUCGUAGGAAAUAAGGGGUGGUUCUUUAAAAAAUUAGCAAAGUAGAGGUUGGUUUUGUAUGAGAUUCCACUUUUCCAUUUUACGGUAGACACUAAGGGCUGGUAUUGUGUCACGAAAGGCAACAUUUCUCUUUCUUCCUUGCUCGGUUUUGUUUCAGGAGCGCGGACUUCGGUUUCUGUGAGUUUCGUUUAUUUCUGAUUGCAAUUUGUCUUUUAAAUUGUGGUGGUAGCCUCUGUUCAUCAUCAACCAUCAAGCGUUCUUUUGAAAUUUGAAACACUUUCCUCAAACUCUUUUGACAAAUCGGCGGGUGACAAGCCGCAAAAUGUGUGCUGGAAGGUUUCCGUAGUCUUUACAUCAAGGAUAACGUUUUCGUUUAAUUUUGUGCCUUUGUAUACAAUUGUGUCUAAAAACAUUGUCUCAGUGAAUUUCGGUGGUGAAUUUAAUAGUAGGAUCAUGUAAGUUUGCUUCUUCGAAGAAAGUUACGAUGUCUGGUCUAAAGACGGUUUAGCUUAGACUUCGUGUUUAAUAUAUGACAUGAAAAUAUUGGCAGAGAAAACUGGUGUCUUUGUGCCCAUCGCGGUACGGUGGAUUUGUAGGUAGAGCUUUCCACUGAACUGGACAGAAUUUUCUUUGAGGAUUAAUCUAAUCAUUUCCCGCAUUUAAUGUGUAGGACUAGGCGGGUUGUAGAAAUGUUUGGCAUACGCUCUGCAAACCGAUUUCAAUAUCCUCGUCUUGUGGUAUUUUUGUAAACAGACUUGUGACAUGAUAUGUUUGGUUACUUCCUAGAAAGGUAGAAAAAAAUACAAUAUACUUUUCUUUCUGAAAAAAAUAUAGAUAAUGUCGGUCCAUGUCGGUAAUCGGUUAAUAAUUUUCCUGUCGGUAGUCGGUAAUUUUUUUCGCGUUUUGUCGGUAGUCGGUAAUGUUUUUUGCCGUUUGUCGCUAGUCGGUUAACCCCAUUCAUAACCUUCACACCCUCUUAUGUCCUUUAGUCUACAAAUAGCUUUGAGCAUUUGUGAGGAAAUUUCGGUAAAACUUUUUUCAACAAAUAGUACUGGUAUUGUUUUGGCACCCAAAAUAGGAUGGCAGAAUGGCUGGACAUUUACGCAUAAUAAUGAGCUACCGUGGCGGGCUGUUCAAGCAUGAACGUCGCACAAAAGCGCCACAAUAAGAGAGAAAAGGGAGGAAUUUUUGCGAAGAUCACUAACUAAAAUCGUCAUUUUAAAUACUUAUAGUCUACUUUUUUAAGAUAAAACAGCGGCUUUUAGUAGUUAAAGGGCUAAUCUUUAGCGUUACGUAAAAACCAGGAAAAUUUAACGAGAACAACUUGUAGACUUUUUGCUUUCAAAAUUCUGUUUUUUCGGCAUUUCUAGUAUGGGUGAAGAGCGCAUUAAGAUUUCGUUUGGAUUUUUUUGGUCCAAAUAAGCGACAAACUAUGUAUAAAACGACGGAUUAUCGAAGAUUCACAUCUCCCAUACACAUUGACAGCUUUUUCGCCUAAAUUUAAGCAGAAGAAGUUGUAGACUUUUACCCUUAAAAAUCCGAGGUUCAAAAUCCGUGCGUGUUCAGAGUCAAGUCUUUGUCUUACAGUAUAACAAUGGUUGCCAUGAACAAACAAUAAGCAGCUAAACUCCAUUGAUAAUAUAUAGAUUUAGCCAGGGCUAAAAGCGAAGCUCCCGUUAAUAAAUUCAUAAUUUAAAUCAAACAAUAAACUUGUAAUCCACAGAUCAGGGCACAUUCAUUUGACUUUUGAGGCAAAGGCUAAGUGGUUUUAGAGAAAAAUAAUUUGACAGUCCAAGAGUGAAACAAAUUUUACAUCGAGUUGUACACCCAAAAGUAGCAAUCAUGUUCGAUCACAGUAGAUUAGGCCUGGAAAACAAAUAGACCUAUUCGUGUAUUGUAUUUGCAUUAGCUGUUGCAUCAUAAUGUGGCAUUCACCAGUCUCUCCAACAUUGCUCCGUUAGAGAGACUAUGGAUAAUUGGACAACCCCGAAAUAUAAACACGCGCCACGAUAGUCCUUGGUAGCAGCCAAUUUACACAUUGCAUUCCUCUGUCUAAAAGAGAGGCCAAAAUAAAAAAUCAGCCCGGAUUUUUUGUAUUCGACAAGGUUAGGUUACUAGUAAAUCUUGGCGACGAAUCUGGUGGCGUGUAAACCAACCUUUUAAACAUACUUUUUCUCAUCACGUCUCAGGUAAACUACUAUCACGCCCUUUUUUUAUCAUACAGACCUCGGACAGAAAUUGUUCUUUUUUGCCCUAUUUAAACCUAUAAUUCUGCAGUUUUUCACAAUUUUGAAAGAGAAUUUGCACUCAUUCAAUAUCCACGACGAUCAAGGCACGCGCUUCCUUUGCACAACAAAUUAUAGCAUUGAGUUAUAAAACGUUUUCAUGAAGAGAAUUCUAUAAUGCCGGGACUUUUCAGUUAGAAAAAUCUGGUCCUAUGUGAUAUGCCGGGUAAUAAUUAUGGGCUUUUAAUGAAAACGAUAAAAGAAAUUCCCAAAAUCACUUCACGGCCAGCCGGACGGGUUCUCACUUUUCACAGGCACCAAAUUUGCAGGGCGGUUAAUAGAGUUACCAUUUACGCUUCAACAUGAUAGAGAAAUUGUUAUGUUUAGGUUUUAUUUCCCUUUAUUUCUUAAACUGUGUAUGGUUUUGUUAUGUGUAAUCUUUAAAAGCGAGUGAUAUUUCCGGGGGUACUUUAGGAAUUUCUGUGUGGGAUGUGCCGCUGGGACCCUGGAACCCUUAACCUAUACCAGAGCUAGUUCAGCUGAAUUUUGCUACCCUAUGCUAGAGUAAACUCCCCAAAUCCCCCUAUCCUAGAGUAGCUGUUUACCUAGUCUAGACAAAAUCUUCAACCAACUGAUCAGUUUCCUGAAAAAUGAUACCCUAUUCUAGACCCAAACGCUCUGAUUUAUAUACCCUAUCCUAGAGUAAACCGCUUGAAAACCAUACCCUUCACAGCGGCACAUACCUAUAUAACCCAUAUAUGGCAGUACCCCCCCGGGGUGAUAUCUACGCGCGGCGUUUUGAGUAUUCCUGCAUGCGAUGUUUAUGUUCGACAGGAAUAUAAUUCGGUGAAACACGUACAGAGACAAUAAUUUUCAUUCACGAAGAGAAGUGUUGAGAGUAAAGUGUCUCUGAAAAUCAUGAGUCAGGUAAGUAUAAGCUUAUUUACGUUUUAAGCGGGCUUCCUGGUGUUUGCUCUUUUUCAAGAUGAACUCGAGGCAAGAAAAUCGCUCAGAGCUUUCUGUUUACAGUCAAAAUCAUCACUAAAUAAUCUUCGGUACCUUUUCUUUGAAUUUGAGGUCAAAAAAUGUCUAAAGGCUUUUUUUAAACCAGAUACUAUUGUAGGUUGCUCGUGUAUAAACUUAAGCCGCAUAAACCAUACGCUCGACUUCAGGAAAUCGAAAAAAAAAAAACACAUCAUGGACAAUAAUUGCUCAGGCUUACCAGUCGAGAUGCUGCUUCUGAAGGUCAUCAAGUGUUCCAGAAUCGCUUGAGACUUUUCAACCCUCUUAUGCCUCAAGCAAGGGCAAGUGAGUAAGCUCAUUUUUGAAAACGAUGCCAUCCGAAAUCGGAUUUCCAAUGACUUUGACAAGCGGUGCAUUUGUACGCCACGUCAUAACCAAAUUUUCUCGAAUGGAUAGUUUACCAAAUUUUCUUACCCAUGGUGCUCCGCUGCGCGCUCGAGAGAGCUCCGCUAUAAACUAAAUGUAGUCAUCUGUAAACAGGGUGUUUAUAUAAAUCGGCUGAUUACUAAGGGCUUUCGAGGCGCGAAGUUUGAAUUCUGAUCGACACUGCUGGCUUGCGUUUACGUUCGUAAAGUUUCAGUUUACCGGAUAAUGGCUAACACCGCGAAAGCAAAUGGCUUGGACCAGGAGCUCUUUUCAGAGCUCGUAGAACCCCUGGUCCAACCUUUGCUAAUACAUAUAUGGUUGCACUAUUUGUAAACGGCGACGACAAGAACUUUUUCCUGCAAGUAAAUGGGAAAAUUUUGCGGGAAUGGAAGAAGUUGGAAGGAAAUUUAAAAAAACUGUUUGCGGCCCUCCAAGCAAACUUACGUUCCAUUGGAUACACACUGGAGGAAUCAGCCUUCGAUCGCGUAGCCAGAACGAACGAAUAACUGCACGAGCAGUGACUGUAACCAGCCACAACUAAAAUUCGACAUGCGAACACUGAAUCCCCUUUGUCGAAUUUUCUUAUGAUUGCUACUCGGAUCGCUAAUCUUUGCUUUUCAGGGCUUUAGUCAGUUUGAGCUCUGUUCAGGAAUAUAACUUACUUACCCGCCCGCCUUUUUGGUUUGUAUAAGAGCUAAAACCCUUUCAAAUACAGAAGUAAAACAUUACAGACCAUUACUCUGAGCGUCGGCUUCUGUACGCUAAACACUCAAUACAGAGUCUAUACAGUGUAUUUGUUUACGACACAAUCAAGAUCUCGCUCGCGCAAAGAUAAUUCGACAUUUCAUCAUUCGUUCUGAGGUUUAACUUUUUUUACCAAAUAAACAUUAAAGCAAAAGCGAGUUUUUAAAAUGUGGCUGCGAAAUAUGCGCAUAUGUGCGAUUUGCGAAUAAAAGGAGAAACAAUAGCGAACUGCCCCCUUUGUUUGGUUUGCCGCCUACAUCAUAUUUAAAUGAGCAUCCAAAUGCGUUCAAGGCAACCAAUAGUUGAGGCGCUUUCAUAGCGUCCACGCAUGAUAUGACAGAUCUACAAACUUUGUUGAACUGGAAGUAAAUGUCCCGAGAACAAUAGGCAUUCUGCGCGAUGAAAAAAAAAAAAAAAAAAAGGUAAAUUUUUCGCUUUCGCUCGGGUGGAGGCCUGGCAUUUGUAAUCCACGUGCAACAAUGGUACAGGAAAUUUUCGGUCGUUUCAGUAAAACUGAGAAAAGUUAAUAAUUCCUUGGAAGAUUGUACUUUUUAUUUUUUUCCGAAAUAUUUCUACCGUGAUGGACCGUUUCAUUGGCCUUCUCACAUGAAAUACCGGGUUUUCUAUACCAAUCAAAAGUGCUCACUGAUAUUUUUUUAUUUUGCUCUUGCAAAACGUAGUCUUAAAGCCAACAUGGAUGGUCUCCGCCAAAAACCUGAUUCAUUUUACCACCUGCGGUAUCAUUCUCAAGUGAUCUUCGGUUUUAAAGCGUUUGAUGGCGUCAAACGUUAUGCAAGAUUUCGACUGAUCCCAGCUGACGGAUCACCGGAAACGGGUUUGUUAUCUGAAGAUGUCCAGUGGCAUCCUUGGUGAGUUUAUAAAACACUAUAGACCUCUAGCGAUAUCCUUACAGUUUAUUCAGCUGUUUGUUCUUUCUCGCAGCAAGCAUUCGAAAAUUUGGCCUCAUUCAAAGUGUCCUGUUGCCGUCGUACUUAUAGCCUUAAAUUCAGAUCAGCUUAUUUAAACCAAUGUUUUUUUGGACAGCCUAUGUAUAUGUUGUGGUUCAAUUUUAUCCUUGGUUUAAAUUUUGUUCUCCUUUGUUUUUAAUUAUGGUAAUGAAAGAUAAUGAGUUUGAAACAAAGGAAAAUGAAAUUUGUACCAAGGAUAUAAUUGAACCACAACAAAUACACCCUUCUCCUCCCCUCUUCCGCAACAGGACGGGAGAUCAAAGAAGACGGCAAACCCUGUGUGACAAGGGUGACAACAGUUUUGUUUGAAGAAAAAAAAUUGCUCCAAACCUCAUCUUCCUUUAAACAGAUCUUUUUUUGUAAAAGACCAGAAAACAUUAAUGUUAAGUGAAGAUCACGAUGAAACACGCAAAUAAUUGGAUCCAAUUGCGGAAUUAUUUUUCUUUUUGCGGAAUUAUUUUUCUCUCUUUCCUUAUUCUUGAAAGUUUUAUCCGUACGCAGGGGUUAUUCCUUUAUCUAGAUCUAUUCGAUAAGGGACCUCUGGAACCAGAGCCUCUGUAAGAAAUAAAUAGUUAUGUUGAAGUAUGACUUACUGACCAUACUAUAACAUGUUCAUUGCUCCCCGCCGAAAAUAGGGAUAACCAAAGAUUGCCGACCGAUACCAUGCCCCUAGAUUACCUUAAACGUGAGUAUAAAGAGCGAAUUAACAAGGGACCUAUUGAAUACAAACUCCAAGUGCAACUCCACGAAGCUAAGCCCGAUGACUCGCAUCUGAUACUUCAUAUCGGGAGGAGAUGGGAUGAGAGUUCACAUCCAUGGCUGGAUGUGGCUGACCUAAAAAUGACCACGCUGCUGUCUCCAAAAGCAACGGAGCGUCUAAAGUACAUUUAUUACCACCUUCCACCCUCUAUCGACUUGUUGCCAGCCCAGUCUGUUGACGAUCCCAAUGUUAUUCUUCAUGUCCGCCAGUCGGUGUACGCUUGGUCUCAGAAGCUGCGCUCCAUGAGAUCAAAUAAGAACGUCCCAGAUCAUAUGGCAUCGUAUCUCAUCCGAGUGGAAACUGGGAACCAGUCAGGGGCUAGUACAGAUGCUUCGAUAACUGUCUCCCUGAUAGGUAAACCCAUCCAUUUCUUGAAAUUUUUACUAUAAGGAGGCUUUAAGGCGCAUUUGGUCCGAGGUUAGUAAAAGCUUCCGACAAAAUGUAUCUGGACAACAACAUCAGUCAUAAACAAGCAAAAAAUAAUAACAACAGCAACAACGUUAAGAAAGGAAAGUAAAUUUUAACCCAAGUAUCAAAAAGAACAACAACAUACAUUAUACUUUGGGUUGGUUGGAGAUUGCAAUGAACCCUUCCCAAAUGUUAUAUGACAUGCCUCUGUAGGAUGACAAAGAUGCUUUCAAGUAUUAAACUUAGGUCUUAGUACAUAGUUUUUUUUUACCUCUUUUUUUUUCCCAUGUCGUAGGAACCAAAGGGAAAACAGAUAUGAUUAACUUAGACAACUGGGGCAAUGACUUUGAAAGAGGAGAUGUUAAUGAAUAUUCAGUAGAGGCCAUGGAUGUUGGUGAGGUCUUGAUGAUCCAUCUUCACAACAAUGGUGGCGGCUGGUGGUACAAAAAUCCUGAUUGGUUUGUAAACAGAAUCUCAGUGAUAAGUUCCAGUCAACAGAAUCCUUUCGAGUUUCCUUGUUACCGCUGGGUGCUGUCGGAUUUGGUUGUAUUUGAAGGAAAAGGUAACAAGACCUUGGUUUUGCUAGAAUAUUGAUCAUAUUUAUCAAUACAAAGUGGUAAUGCGCGACUGGAGACGCAGUCGCCUAUUACCACCGUUCUGGACGUUUUAUACGUUUAGCACUUAAUUGGACUCGAAAUCUAAAAUAUAUUUUUUUAUUGUUAUUCCUGAGAGGUUAAUGCAUAAGCCUCGCUUUCUCGCUCUCCCUCUCUUUCCCUUAGCUAUUCUUCCAUUCCAAGAUCAACCAGAAGUUGUGAAAAAUCAACGAAAGCUAGAAUUGCAGCAGCGCCAAGAGUGCUACAAGUGGGGAACAUUUGCGGGCUGGGAAGGCCUUCCGAGACAUCUGGAAGCUGCCCAGCACUCUGACAUCCCAAGAGAUUCACAGUUCUCACAAGAGGCCAGAAAUUCCAUUGAUGAAGAUACAAAGAAGGCGGUUAUAGAUCUUGGUCUUGCUCACCUGUCAACAGUCUUCGAAAGCUGGGAUAACUUCGACGACUUUCAAAAGAUUGUCGGUUGGUUCUAUGGAGGAGGACAACGACUUGUUGAUGGCGACCGAUGGAUGACCGACAGUGUAUACGGAUCGAUGUUUCUGAAUGGUUGCAAUUCCAGUGUUGUCGAGCGUUGUGAGAAAUUACCAAACCAUUUUCCAGUUACUGAUGAGCACGUGAAGGGUGCUCUCGAUCGUGGGCUAUCGUUGCAACAGGAAAUGAAGGUAUGAAAAUGGCACAUCCAGUGUAGAUAAUAGAGACCUUUACAUUCCAAGACGAGUACGACUACGAGUAGAGAUUUUCUUAAUACAGACUCAGUAGUGCGCACGCGUAAACCAACGUCAGUUUGGCGGGAAAAAGUGGUAGCCGUUGUCAUUCUACUACGAGUUUUAGCGAGAUGUCGAAGAGGCGGAAACGAUAUAUCAAAUGUUAGAAGUUUUAUCAUUUUGCGAUCAGGAGAGCGCGUAAACCUCCUUCACUGAAGAUAACGGUGCUAACUUUUCUAAUGAACAAUGGUAAAAUGAAGCUCUCUGGGAAGACCAUAUUUUCAGAAUACGCGAAAAUCUUUAACUAAAAGUCUCGUACUCGCAGUCGUCCUCGUCCUCGAAUGUAAAGGUCUCUAAUACGUAAAACCCGCUUGGGCAUCUUCUUCUUCUGUACUGUUUGAAAAUUACAUACAUAAACAUCAAAGUGCAUUCCAAAACUCUCCGCAGAGCUUCAAAAAGCCUCUGAACAGUCGUUGUGCCGUCUUUUUGCCGGCCUUAAUGAAAAUGAGGGGGCUGGAGGGGGUGGGGUGGCUCAGGACGUUUCUUUGCAAAACUCUAAGAGAAGAUACGAAAUGAAUGAAUAGAUUAAUAACUUCAUUUUGACUUUAUUUUGACAAUUGUUUUAAAGUCGUCGAAGUUGGAUUUUCGUUAGAAAAGAUUAUAUCCAAACAUAACUUUCCAUACAAACGAUCUCUUCACAUUUACAAUCAAUCAACUGUGUAAAAAAGAACUGGAAGGUCUAGCGGAAACGUGACAAAGGCCUUAAUCGUCGCCUUUGCCCGUUGAAUUUUCUAAAUAAUCGCUUUUAAGCUUGGAAACAGAAUUUAAACGAACAAUUGCGACGGAUGCAGUGCGUAAGCGACAAAUGAAUCAGCCUUUUUAAAAUGUCCAAAUUGAUCUAUUAAUGUUUUCUAUUACGGAAAUAGGAAGGUCACGUAUACAUCGUGGAUUACAAAGUGCUGGAAGGUAUUGAUGCGCCGUCCGGGGAAACCAUCUACACUGCACAUCCCCUGGGACUCUUUUACGUGAAACGCUCUGGGGACCUAGUUCCUAUUGCUAUUCAGUUGUUUCAGCAACCCAGUGAUACCAACCCAAUAUGGACCCCUGGUGAUUCCAAAUAUGAUUGGUUGUUAGCAAAGAUGUGGCUUCGGUACGCUGACUUUAGAGUACAGCAGGUAAGUAGUGGAAAAAUAGGAUCAAGUUAGGUUUCUGAGAAACUGCCCACCUACCCCUCCCCUAAGCCAACAUUUUGCCCGAAGUGAGAAGUAAGUGUUAAUGUUAGCUUAGGGGGGGAGGGGGGGGACCUAAAUUGGUCCGAAAUAUAUGUAAAGAGGAUAUCGCAGCUACAUAAUAUACCCAGGAUGGAUGAAGAUGAAACAAUUAAUUCAUGAAUUUAAUAUUGAAACUGCGGGAUGAAGAAAUAAAUGUUAAAUAUAAGAUCAUCGCAGCUACAGACCCAACUUAUGUAGUUGCGAAACGAAAGUUUGAAAAAUUCAGGCUUGCUUGGAUUCCAACCGUCUGACCUCUACGAUACCGGUGCAGCGCUCUACUGAGCCAAUUCAGCUAACAAAACAACUGGCAGCUGGUCAUUGAAUUGGUUCGUUAUAAAACCGUGAAAGAUGAGGACGAAAUAACGAAUAUAUAUAUUUCAUAUAUUGGAACUGCGGGAUAAAGAAAUAAUGCAAGGGAUAUAAUCGUAGUUAAAGACGCAAUGGUAGCUGGUUCGUAAAUGUCCAAGCCUCCUUUAAUGUAGGCAGCAAUUUAAUUUCGCUCAAAAAUAGUCGAGUAACCUAGCACUAGUUACUGUAAAACUAAUCAGCCUGUGAGCAAUCUCUCCUUCUCGAGAGAACGCGCAAGCGAGUGGCAAGCAGUAAAGCAUAUGAGUGAAAAAUAAACUAAUUCUAGUGUUCGUAACAGAGUAGACAGGAAAUUUUAGUAUGGUGCUAUCAAACGUUCUCUACUGUUUCAUUUUCCCGAAGGCAAACACUAAUGGUCUCCAGACCCAUAUGGUUAUGGAGCCAUUUGCCGUGGCGGCAUGGCGCCAAUUGCCCUCAGUUCACCCUACUUCUACUACUUCUACUAUAUUACUUCGCAAAGCCUGUACAGCAUCACGCGAAGGAUCCGUAUAUCAAGGUUGACCACAACACCGGGGUCUACGACCCCUACUCUUUACGAACAGUGUGUGGGUUCUUUAACGUCCCACAGUAUUAAUAUAGGCAAGGAUUGUGAGACGGGGCCUACGGUUUUUCGUCCUUAUCCGAGAAGACUAGAAAGUCUAACCAUUUGCAGAUGUCAUUACAAAGGCAGCACUUUCUUCUCAGUUCUUGUUAAGACCCUGAGUGUUGGUCCGGCCGGGGCUUGAACCCGCGACCUCCCGCUCAACAGACCGGUGCUCUCCCAACUGAGCUAACCAGGCAGCGGUCUUCAAAAUCAUCUUCCCUCAUCUUCGCACCGUGAUGGCCGUUAACAAUUUUAUCAGGCAUAACCUUGGUAACAAACAAGACGUGAUGCAGCUUUUGAGGAAGGGCUACAACUCAUUUAAGUUUAGCAUGCUUUCACUGCCUGAAGUUCUUUCCAAGAAAGGAGUGGACGAUGCUACUAAACUACCCAAGUAUUUUUAUAGGUAAGAGGAGUAUUUUUAUGCCAGACACAAAACUUGUACGGAUAUUGUACAGUCCAAGGAUGCAAGACUUGAUGUAGACAUUCCUAUCGUUUGCGUGGAACUUUUCAUUAGAUGAACCACACUGAGUGGAUUAAGUUCAUAAAAAAGUAUGACGUCUGUUUCAGUUAAGUUCGUCUGAAGGAGUUUGAAUCGAUAAACACGUUCUAUCCGUCUUCGUCAGAUAAUGAUCUCUGAUUUGUUCAGACGAGCUUAACUUAAUUUAGGUCGACCCAAAUUCCAGUUUGGUUUGUCUCAUGAAAAGUUCAACAUUUGGCCUUGGCUUAUUAAGUAACAUAGAAGUGCUUUACUUACUUUCCUUUCGAUGAUUAAACUAUUUUUGAAUUAUCAUCAUUCUGUUGUCAGAGAUGACGCUCUUCGUUUAUGGAAGGCAAUUUUAGCUUUUAUCCAAGAAGUCAUUGUCAUACACUACAAGACAGAUAAUGAUGUUGUCAAGGACACUGAGCUUCAAGCCUGGUUACAAGAUGCACAGGAGAAUGGCUUUCCUCUCGGAGAAAGAGGCAUCAAGGGUGAUCACGAGCUUCCAAAAAGCCUUGCAACAAUCGACCAACUUGUUCACGUUCUUACCUGCAUAGUAUUCACGUGUUCGUGCCAGCAGGCUGCAGUGAACUUUGGACUUAUGGAUGUUGCAGGUUUUAUUCCCAAUACUCCUCAUCUGAUGCGUCGCCCGCCUCCAACCAAGAAAAACGAAGCUUCUCUGGAAUCCAUCAUGAAGACGCUCCCAAACAAGUCUCAGGCUGCCCAUCAAAUUGCUUUCUUGUAUGUGACAACUAAAUUUGCCGAAGAUGAGGUAAGCCACUGAACCCUUGUUCAAACAUUACCAGUAAAUACGUUACGUCCGGCCUACAAAGAAUGUGUGGAGAGAUGGACUCUUUUUUUUUUUUUACAACAGUGAACAUGAUCCCUCCCUCGUGUUUGCUCACUAUGCAAGAGGUAGACUGCAAAACAGUCGGUAUUUUUGCGCGAGGAGUCAAACAAAAGGUCUGGACCGAGGCUGAAAACAGAGAGCCAGACGGGGCAGAGACCCUAAAAAUACUAUCGCCUCACACGCCCUACGGGCAUGUGAGGCUCGCUCGCCUCGCGCUUAAGACUUGCGCCUCGCUUUACCGAUUUCUUUACUGAUUUUGAGAAAAAAACCAACUGUUUUGCAGUCUACGCAAGACGUUACCAAGAUACCUUAAUCCUUCAGAGGAAGUGACUUUAACAAUUCGUGAUCUUCAGUAUGCGAACAUUUAAAGAUCCUUUACUUUCUGGCCCAGUUUCUUUGUCCAGUUUCUCAAGGGUUUCUUGUCAUAACGGAAGAAUUAAACGGAACUGGUGUAAUUCUACAGAGGAAGUGACUUUAACAAUUCGUGAUCUUCAGUAUGCGAACAUUUAAAGAUCCUUUACUUUCUGGCCCAGUUUCUUUGUCCAGUUUCUCAAGGGUUUCUUGUCAUAACGGAAGAAUUAAACGGAACUGAUGUAAUUCUACGACAAUGUAGGUAAAUGAAUAUGAAAUGUCUCGAAAGAGAGACUAUUAUUAAUUGUUUUCUCUCUCUUGUGUCAGCGUUUUCUUGGAGACAGCACGCACAGCCUUUUGACGGGCGAUGAAGCAGAAGCUGCAAUUUCCCGCUUCCAGGCCUCUCUGCAGAAUAUAUCGGAUUCAAUCAAGGCUCGCAAUGAAUCGUUGGAGAUGCCUUACAUCAAUCUGUUACCUGAGCGAAUCCCUGAUAGUAUUGCUAUCUAA